UAUUUGCCAACUUUCUUUCACCACUACUUUGCCGCUUUCUUUUGCCUCAAUAGUCUAUAGAAUCUCUUCUGGGCAUUACUUCAUUUUGUUCUGAGAAUUGGAUUACAAGUAUAUAUAUCUCACCUUUUUUUUUUCUUUUUAUAUCUCAUCCCAUAUCCUCACUUGUUUAUUUGUGUUUAGAAAUCAUCGAAUGUCUGCAAUGGACUCCCUUGAUGUCACCAAAGAGCCAGUGGCUAGAGAAGAAAAUAGUAGCCUCAUAGAAUCAAAAGCUGUUGAUACAAAGAAUAAUAAGAAUGAAAAGAAGCCAACCAAUUGUCUUCUAGGAGGCUGCAUUAAGAGGAAAAACACAGGAGGCUGGACUUCAGCAAUUCUCUUGCUAGUUAAUCAAGCCCUUGCAACCCUUGCUUUCUUUGGUGUUGGGGUGAACUUGGUCUUGUUCUUGAACCGAGUUAUUGGUCAAGACAAUGCCGAGUCUGCCAAUAACGUCAGCAAGUGGACUGGAACUGUUUAUUUGUGUUCGUUAAUAGGAGCGUUCCUCAGUGAUUCUUACUGGGGCCGUUACUUGACCUGUGCGGUGUUUCAAGUGGUUUUUGUGCUGGGUUUGACGCUGUUAUCACUCGUCUCCUGGCUUUUCUUGAUCAAACCUGAGGGUUGUGGUGAUGGUGAACAACUGUGCUGGCCCUCUUCUUCAAUUGGAAUAGCCAUAUUUUACUUGGCUAUGUACUUAGUGGCCUUUGGGUAUGGGGGGCACCAACCCACCGUAGCCACCUUUGGAGCAGACCAAUUCGGUGAGGCCAGCCUUAAUGACAAGAGUUCCAGAGAGGCUUUCUUCUGCUAUUUCUAUUUUGCACUCAACGUUGGGUCCCUAUUCUCAAAUACCAUUUUGGUCUAUUACGAGGACAAUGGUAAAUGGACACUGGGAUUUUGGGUGUCUACAGGGUCUGCUAUUUUAGCCCUAUUGUUAUUUUUGAUGGGAUCACGUGGUUAUGGAUAUGUUCAACCUUGUGGCAAUCCUUUACCUCGCGUUGCUCAAGUGUUCGUUGCUGCAUCUCGGAAAUGGAAUGUGACUCUGGCCCAGGGGAAUGACUUGUAUGAGGUGGAUGGCUCAGAGUCUGCAAUCAAAGGGAGUAGGAAGAUUCAUCACAGCAAUGAGUUUGAGUGUUUAGACAAGGCUGCAAUAAUGACAGAGGAAGACAAACUUGGCCCCCAAAACCCAUGGAGGGUUUGCACUGUGACUCAAGUUGAAGAAGCCAAAUGUAUUAUAAGAAUGCUGCCCAUUUGGCUCUGCACCAUCAUAUACUCGGUUGUUUUCACUCAAAUGGCUUCACUCUUUGUUGAGCAAGGUGCAGUUAUGGACUGCAACAUAGGGAAGUUCCACCUUCCAGCCGCGAGCAUGUCUGCGUUUGACAUCUGCAGUGUUCUUCUUUGCACUGGCAUAUACCGGCAAAUCCUGGUUCCACUAGCAAACAAGUUAAGUGGAAACCCUAAAGGCUUAACUGAGCUCCAAAGAAUGGGUGUCGGUCUUAUCAUAGGAAUGCUAGCCAUGGUUGCAGCCGGUCUCACUGAGAUUGAAAGGCUCAAAAAGGUCACCCCCAAUAUGCACUACAGCUCUUUAAGCGUGUUUUGGCAAAUCCCACAAUAUGUUCUUGUUGGGGCUUCCGAGGUUUUCAUGUACGUUGGUCAACUGGAGUUCUUCAAUGGGCAAGCCCCGGAUGGGAUAAAGAGCUUUGGAAGCUCACUAUGUAUGGCAUCAAUUUCUCUUGGCAAUUAUGUCAGUAGCAUGCUUGUUAACAUGGUGAUGAGGAUCACAGCGAAAGGAAACAGCCCAGGUUGGAUCCCAGAGAACCUAAAUAAUGGUCACAUGGACAGGUUUUACUUCCUGAUCGCGGCACUAACAGCAGCUGAUCUUGUGGUUUAUGUGUUCUGUGCUAAGUGGUACAAGUGCAUCAACGUGGAGCAAAGCGAAAAACAGUAUCAGAAGGAAGGGCAAGAAGAAGAAGUUGUUAUCAGUAGAGUCUAACAACACUGUAUGUGCCUUUGACAUUCAACAAAAUUAUGCAGUUUUAGGAUUUCAUUUGGAGAGUGAACUCAAAUCUCAUUGCAACAUGAAUUUUCUGUGUUUGUUGAAAGGCAUACAAUUUCCUUCAACUCCUAAAAUUUCUAGGAUAAUGAUUCAUUUUCUGUGAUGUCAAGAAUUCCUUGAUAUCUAUGGUUGGUAGAAUUUGAUCUGGUUAGCAGAUUCAAAAAGAUUUAAUUGUUUUUCUUUUCUUCUUUUUUUUUAUAUGGCUUUUGUUUAGACUGUUAUGGAAUAAAUAACAUUCAUGUGACUUUUUAGCUUU